AGGCGCUGCGGCGGGGAGAAGUACAACGCUGCCCGCGCCGACUUUGAGCAGAGGAUGCUGGAUUCGGCCGUGCGCUUCCAGGAGGUGGAAGAAGCCCACCUACGCUACAUGAAGGGUCUCAUCGGCUCCUACUCUCACUCCGUGGAGGACACCCACGUCCAGAUCGGGCAGGUGCAUGAAGAAUUCAAGCAAAACGUGGAGAACAUCGGCACCGAGACGCUGCUGCGGAGGUUUGCCGAGAGCAAGGGCACGGGGCGAGAGCGGCCAGGAGCGUUGGAUUUCGACGAGUACCGGCUGGCCCCAGCGCAGGAAGGACCCAAGAGGAGCCGUAGCAAAGCUUUCCGUAUCCCUGGGUUGAGCCGUAAGGAGAGGGAUCCGAGCGCCUCUCCGAGCAUCUCCCCGCAGGGCUGCCCGGAGGUGGAUGAGGACGGGUUCACCGUGCGCCCCGACGUCGCCCACAGUAUCCUUGCGGAGAACCACGUCUGCUCCUCCAGCGACUCCGACUACGACGAGGAUGAGCCCCGCAAGUUUUACGUCCACAUCAAGCCGGUGCAGCCCCGGGAGGCGGCCAGCAGCGCCGAGGCCACCAUGGAGCAGCUCAAGGCCACCGUGGGGAACCUCAUCCUGCCCCCCAGCAUCGGGGGCACCGUCAAGCGACAGUCGUCCCGGCACGUGGCAUCUCUGACCCCCGCCCGAAGCGAUGCAGACCCCGAGGGGACGCUGGCGGCAGGUGACGGCGCAGGGAGGGGGCGCCCGGCGGCGCAGGUGAACAGCUGCCUGGUGAAGGUGACGGGGGAGCUCACCAUGUCCUUCCCUGCCGGCAUCGUCCGUGUCUUCAGCGGGAGCAUGGCCCCCCCCGUGCUCAGCUUCCGCCUGCUCAACGCCGGCGCCAUCGAGCAGUUCCUGCCCAAUGCCGAGCUGCUCUACAGCGACCCGUCCCAGAGCGACCCCAGCACCAAGGACUUCUGGCUGAACAUGGCGGCGCUGACCGGGCACCUGCAGAAGCAAGCGGAGCAGAGUCCGGCUGCCUCCUACUACAACGUGGCUCUGCUCAAGUACCAGUUCUCGCGGCUGGGCCCCGGCUCGGCACCGCUGCGGCGGCUCUCGGCCAGCUGGGAGCCCCUCUGCGGGCCCAGCAAGCCCAGCCCCGUGGCAGCCCAGUUCAGCAGCGAGGGCAGCACACUGUCGGGCGUCGAGGUGGAGCUGGCGAGCGCCGGGUACCGCAUGUCACUAGUCAAGAAGAGGUUUGCCACCGCCUUUCCUCCGCAGGGAUCUACCUGGCAGGGUCCUGAGCCGCCUCCCACCGGACCCUCCGAGCCCCUCGGGCUUCCCCCUUGGUUGUGUGAACUUGAAACGCUGGAUGGAGGCCAGCCGAGGAGAGGGUGCUGCCGGUGCGGCGGGGUCUGA